AUGAUGCUGGCCCAGAUACUGAUAUCACGGCAGGCCACAUUCUGUUGGCUGGCAAGGAUAUUGUGGCUGCACAAUCUACUGGAACUUUCCACACAGGGUGAUGUUGGAACUGGCAGAAUGUUCAUGAUGGUGCAAUUUGGCACAACAGGGGAACCACUAAGAGGGAGCGCCUUCUCUGGCGACGGAUCCUUAUUGGCCAUCGCUGCAGAAACUGCCAUUGCACUGUGGGAGCCGCAUUCCAAUUCGUUGGUCGGGCGGCUGCCCCUUCCUGACAGGCCGUUUCCAGAUGCCUCGCCCCGGAUGGUGCUGCACCUUAAAUUUGUGCCAGAGACAGUGUUUUUGGUGGGGUGCUGCGGCUGGCCGUCCCCUAGCCUGGUUGUGUGGAACGUGGCAAGCUUGUCCAUAUGGUGGACUGCAUUGGUGCCCUGUCUCUCCCUCACUGUGGAUCCUUUGAGAGGCUGCUUCGCUGUGUUGGUUCCCCACAUGGACGGAACGCAGAGCGCCAGGGGUGGACCGAAUAAAGGCCACUGCUACGGUGGUUUCGCAGUGUCAUUUGAUCCGAAUUCGCCGGAGCCCCAGGGCAUGUGGUCGAUCCCACAUGGUCCGGCCGCCUGCAUCCACUUCCCCCCAGCAGGAACGGAGCUCGCAAAGGCACAACGCACUGCGCACAGGAGGCACCAUUCCCCACUGCUUGUUGUGCUCGAAGACCGUCAAUUCGGAAUCGUUGGCACAGCCGUAGACGACUCUCUGCUGGCUGACGGCGACGAGCCUGAUGCCCUGAAUGAAGGGGAGGCGGAGCCAUCCGCCUUUGCUGUGGCGUUUGGCCUCGACACGGCAUCGGGAGAAAAGGAAGACCAGGCCAUGGAUAUCGAAGAGGCGGAGCCCGCGGCCAAAACAGCCGACUGGAGCCAACUUGUGGACGCCCCAUCUCACCAGCUCCCUCGGAUGCAGGCCCUCUGCCGCGACUUCCUCCGCGUCCUCACCACAGCCAGUUCCUGA